ACUUCCUUGCCAUUUAUGUUAAUGUUUGGUAGAUUAUGGAACUUCAGUACGGUCCUUGGUGUAACUCGGACAUAAUGAUGUCGUCAGUCGAUUGAUCACCCUGUAGAUUAAAUAACCCUCUGACGACUCACUAAGAUAUUGCUAUUUGAUUGGUUGCCAAUAUUUUCUCUCGCACGUAUAAAUUCAAUUUAAUAAAUUAGAGGUUUAUUUGAUAAAAUGAUGAAGUUACGAAUUGGGUGGAUUUUGAUGUGUUUUGUUGGUGCAGUGUUCAGUCAAGGGAACACGCUUAACCUUACCCCGAACACAGGCAGUGGUUUGGACGUUUUUUCGUUUCCUACACAGAAUUUGGGAAACAGUCAAACUCCAGGUACUGAUUCAAAUCUGAAUUCUGGAUUACAACCUGUGAACACAGGAUUAAGCGCCUCUACAACAAAUACAGUGGGAACCCAGACCGGAACUCUCGGAACAAAUCCAGCUGCUGGAACCGGAACUGGAACGAUUCAAGGAGGUUUUCCUACAAUUGGUGGCGCAACUUCUUUACAAAACACUGGUCUCCCAUCCCAAACUACCGGUUUAACUCAAGGUCAACCAGGGUUUCCCAAUGGAGUGCAACUUGGAGUUAAUGGGUUUCCACCUACUCAGGGUAUCCCUGGUCCCAUGAAUCAGGGAUUCCCGCCUCAGUUUGGACCACAAGGACGUGUUCCUGGACAAGGGGGUUUUAUGGGACAGGCCGGUUUUAAUGGACAGCCAGGACCUAAUGGACAACCAGGAAUGGGAUUUAAUGGACAAGCUGGCUUUAACAAUCUCCCAGGAUUCAAUGGACAGCCUGGGUUCAACGGACAACCUGGGUUCAAUGUGCCUCCAAAUUUUAACGGUCAACCUAAUAUGCCAGGAGGAUUCAACGGACAACAAGGAUUUCCACGACCAGGAUUCAAUGGUGCACAGGGCGGAUUCAAUGGUGGUCCACCAGGUUUCGGACAACCGGGUUUCAAUGCUGGACAACAGGGAUUUAAUGGCGGACAACCACCACUAAACGGAUUUCCAGGAGGACAGCCAGGAUUACCCAAUCAACAAGGAUUUCCGGGACAACCCGGGGCAUUUCCUGGACAAUUGCAACCCUCUCUAGUUCCCGGGGGUCAAGGAAGCCAGACACAAUGUCACCAGACGGAUUGUCCAACUGGUCAACAAUGCGCCUUUACCCCAACUGUUGCUGCACAAGCUCAAUAUAUGUGUCCGAAAUGGAUUCCUAUGUUAAGAUGCCAGUGUGUUGCGGGUUGCCGGGCACAGAACACAUUUAUUCCUUUCGGACAGUCUCGACAGAUUGACCAAUGUGGAAACGUGUGUACCUGUAAUAACAGUCAAUCUGGAGAGGCUGCCUGCACGAUGCGAGCUUGUCCGGAUCUUUCUGGAUAGAAAUAAAGAAAAUCUGUCAUCAUACAUGAUGUCCUUUACUAAAUUAUUACAACGUUACAAGGGCUAUUCCUGCGUCGCCCUAUUUUGUUUCUGUGAU